AUGUCUCAGCCUUCUCAAUCCCAGCAGAUCGAAGAAGAGGACGAGUAUCAAGUCACAGGACCCCUUCUCGUCAACAAGCUCCAGGAAGCCGGUAUCCACCCAAACGACAUCAAGAAACUCGCAGAGGCAGGGCUGAACACCGUCGAGGCCGUAGCAUUCACUCCCAAGAAACAUCUUCUCACCAUCAAGGGCAUUUCAGAGCAGAAGGCAGACAAGAUUCUAGCAGAAGCCCAGAAGAUUGUCCCUCUUGGGUUCCAAAGCGCCACAGAAGUCCAUGCGCGUCGCGCAGAAUUGGUGCAUAUAACGACCGGAUCGAAACAAUUGGAUGCUCUUCUCGGAGGUGGCAUCGAGACUGGUGCGAUCACCGAAAUGUUCGGUGAAUUCAGAACUGGAAAGUCUCAGCUGUGCCACACCCUAGCUGUGACUUGCCAACUUCCGGUCAGCAUGGGCGGUGGAGAAGGCAAGUGUCUGUACAUCGACACUGAGGGCACGUUCCGCCCAGUCCGUCUUUUGGCGGUUGCUGAACGAUACGGUCUGAACGGAGAGGAAGUUCUGGAUAACGUCGCAUAUGCAAGGGCUUACAAUGCCGAUCACCAGAACGCCCUGCUCACGAGUGCCAGUGCCCUCAUGUCCGAGUCUCGGUUCUGUCUCAUGAUCGUAGAUUCCUGUACGGCACUCUACCGAACGGACUUUAGUGGUCGCGGCGAACUCUCCUCUCGUCAGAACCACUUGGGGAAAUUCCUUCGAACCUUACAACGCCUAGCAGACGAGUUUGGUAUUGCCGUGGUCGUCACGAAUCAGGUCAUGUCGAACCCAGAUGCUUCAGCUGGUCCCUACGCUGGAAACGAGAAGAAGCCGAUUGGUGGAAAUAUUAUGGCUCAUGCAUCGACUACUCGGCUCCAACUCAAGAAAGCACGAGGCAAUACACGUUCAUGCAAGAUCUAUGAUUCGCCAUGUUUGCCGGAAUCUGAGACCCACUUCGCCAUCCUCGCCAGUGGCAUUGGCGAUCCUGAGGAAGAAACUUAG